CAACAGCGUCCUCUGUGCGUGGGGGCGUGGCGUGUUUGGGAAAGUUUUUUGUGUUUGUUUUUUUUUUUUUUAUCAGUGACUUCAGGUCUUUUACUUCACGUUAUAUCCAAGUCAAGCGUAAGGGACAAUGUCCAGUUUCGCAUUAAACGGCUUCAGCUCUACUCCAGUGAAGAAGUCGAGGAAUCGAGAAAAAGACUUUCAUAAACCCGCUUCUUUGGAUCUGGAUGUCGGGGUCCGUUCUGAUGAUGAAGACACGUUCUCCCUCUUGUCUCCCAUCUAUCACGAUAGUUUUGACAGCGCAGAAAACAUGAGUCAAUCAAGUGGACAGUCUCCGCCAAAGGGGACAGUGAACACCUCAGUAUUUUCAGACAGGUGUGAGCUGCCUAAGACACCCUCAGAUCAGAUGCUGAGCUCUACAGUGCCAGAGAAAACUCCAGCUUCACUGAGUGCCUGGGAAUUGUGGCUUCUAAAUAAGGCCAAAGAAGACAGGAUCAAAUUGGAAAAGAAGGCAGAGGAGGAGCGAUUACUUCAAGAAAAGAAAAAACAACAAGAAAUGGACCAUGAGCAGAAGGCUGCUGUGAUCAAUCAAAGGAUCCAGGACUGGCUAAAAAUGAAAAGAGAACAGGAGAAACAUGAACAAGAUCUAAAACAAAGCAAAGAACAAGAAGCCCUGCAGAUGCAAAUGCAAAAGCAGAGGGAGACUGAGCUCAAAGCACAAGAAAAGUAUAAAGAAUGGCUUCACAAGAAAAAUCAAGAGAAAGCAGAGAAAGAAAAGAAACAGAAGGAGGAAGCUGCACUAAAAGAGGAGCAAGAGAAGGAACGACGCAGGAGGGCAGAAGAGAAGUUUAAGGAAUGGCUCAGUCAGGCCAAUGCAAAAAACACAGUCAACCCCAAAUCCACUUGUCAAGGUCCAUACGGAAAAGCUUACCCAUCACCGAGCUUCUACAACCCCAUUCCUUGGAAGCCCAUUCACAUCCCUCCUGAAACUGUUGCCAAGACAACUGUCAGAAAAGCACAGAGACAACCAAAAGGACAACGCAGCCUCAGUUUGAAUUCAAGACAGCGAAAUUAGUUUUCUGCUGCUCGGUCACAGGAGAGGAGAUGACCUGCUGGCUGCUCAUUGGAUUCAGAACUUGUUGCUUUUGUUUUAUAAAAGUCACUCAGUAUUGUCUGUUUUUUCGUAAUAUGACUUUUCUACAGUUUUUAUUAGUUUUAUAUCAAGUCUGGCCUAGUUUCCUUCACACUCGCUCACAAUUUUAGUGUUGGGGUUAGUAAUAAAUAAAAUAUGGAACCUUGCUGUUAAUAAUACCUGGUUUCCUUAUAGUGCAGACCUGGGCAUUGUGCAGCUCCCGGGCCCUUUGGGUGACUCUGACCUGCCCAUUUAAGAUCAUUUGGAAUUACACAAUAAACAUAUUUUAUAAUUUUA